ACGCGACGCGUUGAGAAUGCUAUAAAUAGAGGAAAUUUCACUUCAACUAAACAAAACACUUCCUCUUGGAAUUGAUUUGAUUUUAAAGAACUAUUAAUAAACAAUGUCUGGUCGCGGUAAAGGAGGAAAAGGAUUAGGAAAGGGUGGUGCCAAGCGUCACCGUAAGAUUCUGCGUGACAACAUUCAAGGUAUUACCAAGCCCGCAAUUCGCCGUCUUGCUCGUCGUGGUGGUGUCAAGCGUAUUUCCGCUUUGGUCUAUGAAGAGACUCGUGCUGUCUUAAAAUUGUUCUUGGAAAGUGUGAUUCGCGAUGCUGUCACCUACACUGAACACGCCAAGCGUAAGACUGUCACUUCUUUGGACGUUGUCUAUUCCUUGAAGCGUCAAGGCCGUACCAUUUAUGGUUUCGGUGGUUAAACAGGGUAUACUGUAGUCUUUCUACAUAUAAGACUUUUGCCAACUUGGAAGUCUAUGAGUUGUCUUGUUCAAAUCAUCUAUUCUGGACAACUAUUUGAAGUGAUCCUUAUGCAAUAUGAUGCCAAUUGGUAUAAAACAUAAUGUGCAAAACUUACAGCAAUGCGAAACUUCUCUGACACUAAUUUUCCAAGAUGCUGAGCAUCUAGUAUAUGUCAGUUGGCUCCGGUAGCACUGAUUUCAAAGUUGUUUAUAUUACAUAUUUAAUGAUAUUAUGGAUUAUGAUUCUAUACUAUGUG